GGUCGAUGGAAAGAUGAACCCAGCAGGCAAAACCAGCCUUCCUUACCCUCCCAAUCCCUCUUCUUCCCCUUCUUUCUUUCUCUUUCUUUCUUUCCUACCCUGGUUUGGUGGAAAGCUGGGUUCAUCGGAACCCAACAUAGAAACAUCCAACAUUUGGUAAAGAGGGAAAGUACCCAAUGGAGGGCUCUAGGCUCUGCGUGCUCCUAACCAUUUUCUUGCUCAACGAUGACUUGCCAAUAGAUAACUCUAAGCUCAAGAGGAACGUCACCGGUAUGUUUCCGGAGCAGAUUGCGCUUGCCAUUUCCUCACCAACUUCAAUGUGGGUCUCUUGGGUCACGGGUAGUUUCUUUCCAGAUGUUAAUUUUGCUUCUGUUCUUGUUUGUGCUAUUAUGGGUUCUUUGAUGGAUUCGUUGAUUUUGGGUUGAUUUGUGUUGGCUCAGGGGAUGCUUAGAUUGGCUUCAAUGUGACUGCGCUCGAUACAUCAUGGGGAACCCAGCAAAGCUGGGUUCGAUUGAAACCCAGAUCUCCUGGGUUCCGAUGAACCCAGCCUUGCUGGGUUUCGUCGAAACCCUGUUGGGUUCGGUUGAAACCCAGCAAGGCUGGGUUUCGACGAACCCAGCCUGGGUUCAUCGAAACCCAGAUCUGCUGGGUUUCGAUGAACCCAGAUUUGCUGGGUUCGUUGAAACCCAGUCGACGCGAUUUCCAUUGUUGAUUUACAAUUUGAUUGAUUUUUGUUAGAAUUUAAUUAGAGUUUGAUUGUAUUUUUGUUGAAAUUUGAUUAGAGUUUGAUUGAUGUUGUUUAUUGAAGGGUUAGUUUGAUUUGAUAACAUCUGUUAUGUUAGGUUUGAGUCUUUAAUGAAACCCAGUAGCUGGGUUCAAUGGCAGAGAAUUUCAAAUUCUCCUUUGAAGCAUUCUAGGGUUCAUAGGGUUCAUAGGGUUCAUAGACAUAUUAUUUUGUGAGGACUUUACUGCUAGUGCAACCCAAUUUGAGUUAGAUUGAUUUUGCAGAGAGUGAAGAUGAGAAACCAUUCUAGGGUUCACAUAUCUUUAUUGGUGGUUUGCAGGCAACGUGAGACGGUGUUGGGGAAGAAGAUGACAUGUCAUAAAAAAAGAGUCCAGUUCAGCACAUUUUUAUGUUGUUCUUGCCAUGUCAUCAAAAAAAAAAUAAAAAAUGCCACGUGGUUGAGUUAACGGCCGAAAUUGACAGAAGGACAAACGUUGUGCAUUUCUUAGAGUUGAGGGAUCAAAAAAGUGCAAAAAAUUGU